AUGGCUGCUAGGUCUGUGUCUGUAGUUAUGUUGUUUGCGGUGGUCAUGAGCUUCACCCAGUCAGUACAAGGAAGGAAGUUACUCGAGCUAGAUGAACCUCAUCACCACAAGGAUGGUGGUGGAAAAAAAGUUAAAAAACCACUCUGGUUUUUUGAUGGGGUUCCGAGUUCGGCUGGUUCUGCAGGUGGAAAAGGGUAUAGUUUUGGCCACUCUUUCAGUUUCGGCAAGGGAUCAUACGGUUAUAGUUAUGGCACUUCUGGGAAACCUGGUGCUGGUUAUGGAAAACCUGAUUGUAUCGGGAAAGAUGGAGGAACCGGACAUGGAGUAAAAGGUAGUUCCAGUGGAAGUCGUGCGAAGCAACAUAAGAAAAAGGAAAAGGAGCAUCAUCAACAUAAAGGAAGUGGGGGUGGUAUUGGAGGCGCAACAGGGGGAGGCAUCACAAAAGGAGGCGGUGUUGGUCGAAGCAGUGGACAUGGAGGGAAAGGUAGCAAAGGUGGUAUUGGGAAAGGGAUAGGAGGCCGCGGUGUUGGGGGCGGAGCUGGUGGAGGUAUCGGGGGAGGAGCUGGUGGGGGCAUCGGGGGUGGUGGCAGCGGGGGCGGUGUUGGUGGAGGCAUCGGGGGCGGAGCUGGUGGAGGCAUUGGGGGAGGAGCUGGUGGAGGUGGGGGUGCUGGGGGCGGUGUUGGGGGCGGAGCUGGUGGAGGCAUUGGGGGAGGAGCCGGUUGGGGUGCUGGGGGUGGGGCAGGUGGAGGCUUUGGCGGGGGAGCUGGUGAAGGCAUCGGGGGCGGACCAGGUGGAGGCAUUGGGGGAGGAGCCGGUUGGGGUGCUGGGGGUGGCGCAGGUGGAGGCUUUGGCGGCGGAGCUGGUGGAGGUGUUGGGGGCGGACCAGGUGGAGGCUUUGGUGGGGGUGGUGGCGCUGGCGGUGGCUUUGGAGGAGGUACUGGUGGAGGUAUCGGGGGUGGUGCUGGUGGAGGCUUCGGAGGUGGAAUUGGCGGAGGCGUUGGGGGUGGUGUUGGUGGCGGAUUUGGAGGAGGGGUAGGUGGUGGAGGGGGAUUUGGUGGUGGCCAUCAUUAA